UGCUUACCAUUUGAAUUAAUUACAGAAAACAAAUUAAUUUAUGUAUUAAUCGCCACUGCUUAAUAAUUAGUAUUUCAAGUAAAAAUGUGCGUUUGUUUCUAUAAGUACCUGUGUUUAUUGUGUCUGAAGCUUCUUGCGCGUGGGUGAAGUAAAUAAAAUGACAUUAUGUAUAGUUGUGAUUGACAAUUUAGUAUAAAAUUAUUUAUAACAUGGAAAUUUUUAAAUAUUUAAUUAUAAUUAAAAUACUUGUGAUAGUGUCGAUAAGAUGGUGUUAUGCCAAUUUUGACGUAUACUUAAAUCGAAAUGAAGUAAUGAAAUUAUUAGGGUUGUCUGGCGAACUGUUCUACGUUCGAGAUGGUCAUGUCAAUGAAUAUGCCAUGAAUUUUAUAGUUUUGGUGCCUGCGAGCAUAAAUGUACUUACUUUUAAUUGGCAAAGUUAUACAGAUAAACCACUACUAUACUCAUUGAAUGUGGAGGUGUCCGAUCGCACCGUCAUUCCAUAUCCUCAUUUCAAUGUGUCUAAUUCCGACCGCAUGCCCGUCGGCCCAAACGAAGCAUUCAGCUUAACACUGGCAUGUUCCGGCAGUGUAACCGCAGAAGUCAAUGUUACAAUACGCUUAGACGUCAAUGUAAACAAUAAAAAUACUCACAUCAGAGGCAAUAAUGACAUUCUCAACAUCGAAAGUAUUAGAAAUAACGAAAGGCUAUUAGUUGAUUACGACGAAGAAAUUGGCCAUGCUGGCUCCAGAAAGAAGCGAAGCGAGGACAGCUUCGUUAUAAAACGAAGUUCUCUUAGAAGCGAUGGUGCAGACAAAAUACCGCGACGUGAACACGGAAUGAUCAGUCCUGGCCGAGAUAGUGACCAGGUUUUGGGAUACCCAAAUAAGAAUGGAGUGGUUUCAUUGAUUUUCCGAAGAAAGAAAAUUUGUUUGAAAGAUACGGAUCAAAAUAUUUCCAGUAAUAUGGUUUAUGUGGACAAUCUAAGUUCGGCAACGGAUCCACCUAUAGGACUUUUACAUCUGACACUCGGCAGUGCCUGCGCCAUCGGUGCUGUAUGCGUAACAUUCUUGGCCGUGCGAUUUUGCUCUUUUCGGCCCUUAAAACGCGACAGGCAGGCUGCUCCGAUGACGAGGUCAUUACUAAUUCGGCAUGAACAUCAUGAAGAAGAAGAUAUUGCAAAAGCACAGAAUGUAGCUCAAAUUAGAGGAGUUGAUUUCAAAAGUUACGGUACUGAUUUGAAUGUGUGCGGUAAAGCUGAUGUAAUUGCAAGUAAAAAGGAUAAAGCUUGUAAUGGAAAGGACAGAUUGAGCGGUGGCGAAGAGAAAUCGAAAGAGGAGAGACUUCAAGACAAAAUUGCUGAAAUUACUAUUCAAAGAUGCCGCAUUCGUUUGAGCAGUCUUUUGCAAGAAGGCACAUUCGGUCGGGUAUAUCGCGGAACUUACGCCGAGCAAGAUUUGGACUCAGACUGCUCCUUUUCGAGGGAUAGUCGAAAAGGCGUUAUUGAAAGUAGUAAUAGCGACUACCAAAUGCUUGCACAGAAUUCAUGUUCCAGCAACGAUAUCACUAAUGAUGAUCAAGCAUCGUCAAAAGCUGACGACAGAAUUAGUAAAGAAAGCAGCGAAGCACAAGUACUUGUGAAAACUGUUUCGCAACAGCAUGCAUCGCGUGAACAAGUCUCUUUACUUCUGCAGGAAGGUCUUAUGCUAUAUGGAUUACGCCAUCCAAAUCUGCUAACUGUUUUGGGAGUGUCUAUAGAGGAUUGUACGGCGCCUUUCAUUGUCUACAGGCUUCAAGGAGAACAUCAUAAUUUGAAGAUGGCUUUACAAGCUUUGAAUGCUCCUGGACUUGCUUCAGCAUCUUCAUUUCCUCGAAGGGCUGUUACAACUCGCGAAUUGGUAAACAUUGGUCUGCGCAUAUGUCAAGCUUUGUCUUAUGCCCAUUCUCGUCGAUGUUUUCACGGUGACAUUGCAGCAAGAAAUUGCGCAAUUGACAAAAAUCUGCAUGUUCGGCUUGGUGACUUUGCUCUAUCAAGGGACUUGUUUCCUCAAGAUUACCACUGCCUUGGUGACAAUGUGAACCGUCCAGUAAAAUGGUUGUCUCAUGAAGCUUUAACUCGUAAUAUUUAUGACGCUCCAAAUGACAUAUGGGAAUUUGGUGUUUUUUUAUGGGAAUUGAUUACUUUGGGAAGAAUGCCUUAUAAAGAUAUUGAUCCUAGCGAAGUGGCUCAGUAUUUGGAAAAGGGUUAUAGAUUGGACCAACCUAAAAAUUGUCCUGAUGAAUUAUUUAUGAUAAUGUCUUGCUGCUGGGCAAUUAAUCCAAAUGACAGACCAACAUUUACUCAACUGGAAAUUUACUUGCAAGAGUUUUAUGAUCAAUUAAUUUGUUAUGUGUAAAUAAAUUUACUAUAGUAUCUUGUAGUAAAAUGUACUGACUGUAUGCACUACUGUUUUUGUAGAUGAAUACGAUUUUAGCAAUGUGUCAUAUUAAAGGAUGUGUUAUAUGUUGUACAUUUUGACG